AUGGAACUUGUACCAUAUUGUUAUGUUAUUAUUGAUAUGGAUAUAAAUGAUCGAUAUCAAUUUCAUAUUCAACAAUUAACAAAACCAAAGUCAAUUUUAUCAAUAAAAUUCAAACAUAAUCGUCAUUGUACUUAUGAAGAAUCAGAUACAGAAUCGAUGAUGGAAAUUGAUGAUAAUAAAGAAGAUGACAAUCAAUUUAGUGAUAAAGAUGAUAUUAAUAAUUUGUAUCAAUCUGCAUCAAAACGAAUGAAAACAUCAUCGAAAUUUUAA